GGCUCAGAGAGGAGAGCGACUGUUUCAUCAUGUCCUACUAUGAGCACAUCCUCUUCGACUACGACUACAACGACACGGGUUCUGGCUCUGGUUCUGGUUCUGGGUACCUGGGAGUGGAUCUGGAGGAGCCCUGUGAUGUGGAGCACCUGAUGACGACUGAGCUGCAGCAGGUCUUCUUGCCGGUGGUCUACGCCCUCAUCUUCACCCUGGGCAUCACCGGAAACGGCCUGGUGGUCAUAGUGCUGGGCUGCCAGCGCAGGUCUAAAUGCAGCCUCACGGACCGGUACCGCCUCCACCUCUCAGCGGCUGACCUCCUCUUCGUCCUGGCGCUGCCCUUCUGGGCCGUGGAUGCAGCUCUGUCCGACUGGCGCUUCGGAGCAGCCACCUGCGUCGGCGUUCACGUGAUCUACACAGUGAACCUGUACGGCAGCGUCCUCAUCCUGGCCUUCAUCAGCCUGGACAGAUACCUGGCAGUGGUCCGAGCCACCGACACAAACACUGGUGGCCUGAGACAGCUGCUGGCUCACAGACUGGUGUAUGUAGGUGCCUGGUUACCAGCCGGCCUUCUCGCCGUCCCAGACUUGAUAUUUGCCCGAACAGAGGAAGGAGGAGAAGGAUCCACUCUGUGCCAGAGAUUCUACCCAGCAAACAACGCUCCUCUCUGGGUCGCCGUCUUCCACCUCCAGCUGGUCCUGGUGGGUCUGGUUAUCCCGGGCCUGGUUCUCCUGGUGUGUUACUGCGUCAUCGUCACCAGGCUGACCCGAGGCCCGCUGGGGGGCCAGAGGCAGAAGCGCCGGGCGGUCAGGACCACCAUCGCUCUGGUGCUCUGCUUCUUCGUGUGCUGGCUGCCCUACGGGGCCGGCAUCUCCGUGGACGCCCUGCUGCGUCUGGAGGUCCUGCCGAGGAGCUGCCGGCUGGAGGCCGUUUUAGGCGUGUGGCUGGCGGUGGCCGAGCCCAUGGCCUUCGCUCACUGCUGCCUGAACCCCCUGCUGUACGCCUUCCUGGGGGCCGGGUUCAAGAGUUCAGCCCGCAGAGCUCUCACUCUGAGUCGGGCCUCCAGUCUGAAGGUUUUACCACGAAGACGCCACGGGGCCUCCACGACCACAGAGUCCGAGUCCUCCAGUUUACAUUCCAGCUAGGGUUUGCUGGUCUAUGUAUAAUGUAUAUAGUGUACAUAUGUGUGUAUAUAUGUGGGAAAGUUUACACAAAGUAUCUGAGAACGUAAGGAGCAGUCUGCUGGCUCAGGACUUCUCUUCUUCUCAUUGUGCGGUUUCUCGUGUACAUAGUGUUUUUAUGCUGCUGUGCUUUUACACUCUUGUUAUUGUUUGUAAUAAAACUUACAAAACACUCA